AUGAGUGGACUGAGGUCUCCUGGGCUGCUGGGGCUGGUGCUCUUAAUGCUCUCAGCAGGAUAUUGCAAAGAGAAAACUGACUCCGCAGAUUUGAAGGACAGGCAAAGUCUCUUAAAUCUGAUCAUGGAGAUCAUUCAGGAACUGAAAAGGUACCACCUGGAGAAGGACAGUGGGGUGCAGUACUUCUCCAAGCACGACUAUAACUUAGAUCGAAGGGAAGUGGCCGACUACGGAGGAUACCAGGACGAGCAGAGAGUUGAGAUAGUUCCUAGAGAUCUGAGGAUGAAAGACAAGUUUUUAAAGCAUUUAACAGGUCCACUCUACUUUAGCCCAAAAUGUAGUAAACACUUUCAUCGGCUUUAUCACAAUACAAGGGACUGCACCAUCCCAGCAUACUAUAAAAGAUGUGCCAGGCUUCUUACUCGGUUGGCGGUAAGCCCGAUGUGCAUGGAAGGAUAA